UGGGAGGAUACUCAUCCUCGGAUACUCUGUAUCCCCAAGCCUCGGAUCCUCUGUAUCCCCAAGUCCAAAAGCCGAGGGGUCGAUCUCGAGUCUCCCCUGGAGCUUUCUGCCAGAGGCUCUAGGGAAUGCUCUGGCCUCAUCCUCCUGUCUGGCUGCCAUCGUGUCAUUGAGGAGCUCCAGUGGUUCUUCACCAGUGCCCUCCAGCGAGGCCAGUACCCAGCCACGUACUGCUUCGUCCCCAUGGGGGUCCCAGCAGAGCCGGAGGGCAAGAUCCACACUGGGCUGUGCUGGCAGCAGCAGGGUGACACUGCUGUGGUAAGGCGGGGUGCCGAGGGGCUGCAGGCACAGGGGGUGACCCAGAGCAGGAGGGCUGAAGGCUGGGUGGUGCCACAGCGGGUGCCGGUGCCAGGAUGUGGCAGCCUGGCCAGGAAGGAGGUGAAAAACACGCUGACAUGGUACCAGGUGCUGGGGGCCACAGGGGGCUGUGCCCUGCUCCAGCUCCAGCCCAAAACAUCCUUCCCAGAGCAGGUCCCAGUUCACCCGAUGAUGCUGCUGUGGCCAGCCCUGGGUUACCACCAGCACUCGUCCUGGGCAUGCAAGGUGCUGGGGCUGCCCUUUUUCCUGCUCACCGAGCCCGCCCCAACCCACACACAGAGACACAUCACCCCCGUCCCCAUAGCCUUGCACCAGUGA